AAUAACAAUAACUGUAAUAACACUGAACAAUCAAGCAUUGUUACGAAUGUUCUUCCUGUCAGAAUGGGUGAAGUCCAUCAUGCCUCAAAGGCCAAGCGCCGCGUUUGUGAUAUUUGCUGCCAUGCCGCGAAUACCUUCUGCAUCGGCGAAUGCAACCACCCAAUCUGUUUCGUAUGCGGAACUCGCAUUCGCGUUGUUUGCGAAAACAGCGAAUAUACGGUUUCCAUUUCGAGAACGAGGCUCAAAUUCAUGCCGUUGCGGAGCUGUUGGCAAACAUGUGCGAAUACUGCGGAGAUCGGUACUACCGUCGUGUAUUUUGUCGCGUAUAUUUUCACUACCCUAUUUAGUAAGGAGUUCAAAAAUUUCAAGGACCUCGAAAGGCAUCUUCAUCGAAUACAUCAAUUGUCAUUUUGCGACAUAUGCGUUAAGAAUCUAAAGCUGUUUCCUCGUGAAAGGAAGUGUUAUACAUAUCGAGACCUGGCUAGACAUCGCCGUGCCGGAGAUCCGGAUGAUUCAAGUCACAAAGGCCAUCCGCGUUGCGAAUUUUGUGAUGAAAGAUUUAUGGAUGAUGACCAGUUGUUCAGGCAUUUACGCAUCAAUCAUUUCAUGUGUCAUUUUUGCGAUGCGGAUGGUUACAACCAACCUUGUUACCCAUCGGUUUCAGGGUUUUGA